AUGGUAUACAAAGGAGUGUACCAUCUCUUCUACCAAUACAAUCCCAAAGGUGCAGUUUGGGGAAACAUUGUGUGGGCACAUUCGGUUUCUAAGGACUUGAUCAAUUGGGAAGCUCUUGAACCGGCCAUUUACCCCUCUAAAUGGUUCGAUAUCAACGGUACAUGGUCCGGUUCAGCUACUCACGUACCGGGAAAAGGACCGAUUAUACUCUACACCGGUAUCACCGAUAACCAGACUCAAAUUCAAAACUAUGCCAUUCCCCAAGACCUUUCCGACCCAUACCUCAAGAAAUGGAUCAAACCGGACGACAACCCGAUCGUAAGACCCGACCAUGGCGAGAACGGAUCCGCUUUCCGUGACCCGACCACCGCUUGGUUUAACAAGAAAGAUGGAUACUGGAGAAUGCUUGUGGGAUCAAAGAACAAGCGUAGAGGAAUUGCUUACAUGUACAAGAGUCGUGACUUCAAGAAAUGGGUCAAAACCAAACGUCCCAUCCACUCCAAGAAAGCAACCGGUAUGUGGGAAUGUCCCGAUUUUUUCCCGGUUGCCAUCGACAAGAAAACCGGUUUGGACUUCAGCUACGCCGGACCAAACAUCAAGCAUGUGUUGAAGGUUAGCUUGGACUUGACCAGGUACGAGUACUACACUCUUGGAAAGUAUAAUACCAAGAAGGACAAAUACAGACCAGACGGUACCACUCCUGAUGGUUGGGAUGGUUUGAGAUUCGACUAUGGUAACUUCUAUGCGUCCAAGACAUUCUUCGAUGACCUAAAGAACAGAAGAAUUCUUUGGGGUUGGGCCAAUGAAUCCGACACCGUUAAUGACGAUACAGCGAAAGGUUGGGCCGGUGUUCAGCUUAUCCCAAGAACAGUCUUGCUUGACUCUAGCGGUAAGCAACUUGUGUUCUGGCCUAUUGAAGAGAUUGAGACGUUGAGAGGCAAGAAUGUCCAAAUGAGCAACAAGAAAAUGGAAAAUGGCCAGCGUUUUGAGGUCGAAGGAAUCACCCCUGCUCAGGUGGAUGUUGAUGUGACGUUCCACGUUGGAAGUCUAGAGAAAGCGGAGAAAUUCGACGAGAGCUUCGCAACAAAACCACUAGAACUAUGUGACUUGAAGGGUUCAAAUGUGACAGGUGGGGUUGGACCUUUUGGUCUGCUCACUUUGGCUACACCUGACCUAGAAGAAUACACUCCUGUCUUCUUCAGAGUGUUCAAAAAUGCCACAACCAACAAGCCUAAGGUCCUCAUGUGCUCCGACGCCAAGCCGUCAACACUGAAAAGAGACACCGGCACUGACCCCAAGGAGAAGAUGUACAAACCAUCGUUUGCUGGUUUUGUGGACGUCGAUCUCGCCGACGGAAAGAUCUCUCUUAGGAGUUUGAUUGAUCACUCGGUCGUGGAGAGUUUCGGGGCGAAAGGAAAGACAGUGAUAACAUCGCGAGUGUAUCCGACAAAAGCAGUAGGAGAUAAAGCUCAUUUGUUUGUCUUCAACCAUGGGUCCGAGCCUGUGACCGUAGAGAGCCUCAAUGCAUGGAACAUGCAGAAGCCUCAGAAGAUGAACCAAGGAGCCGCCUAA